CGUUGGUCUCGAUCUUUCUUUCCCACGCUCCAAGAAAGAAAACCAGAGGCGCCCCCUUCCGAAUUCCCCUUCCUCCUCUUCUUCGGUUCUCAAAUCCCUAGCCAAUCCCUCUCGAUCCGUGACACACACGAAGCCGCAAAUCACAGCCUGAUUCCGACCGAUCCGUAGCAGAUCAGCUCGUCGACGCCAAUGUAUUACGGCGAGAUCCCGGACCACCGCCAUCGCCUCAUCCACUCCGUUGGCGAUGGCUUCAUACUUGGUGGAGCGUACGGCUGCGUCGUCCCCUUCAUCAGGGGCUUCCGCGGCUCGCCCAGCGGCGCCCGACUGGCCGCCGGAGCCCAGGAAGUUCUCAGGAACGCUCCUCGCCACGCCGGCUGGAUGGCCGCCUUCUCGGCCGUGCUGUUCUCCGUGGACACGGCCAUGUCGCUCGCGCGACGGAGGGAGGACCCCUUGAACCCCAUCGCCGGCGGCGCCGUCGCCUUGGCCUUACUCCGUAUGCACCGAGGCGCCCGCGCUGCAGCGCUGUCCGCUCCCGUCGGCGCCGCGGCCGUCGCGGUGCUCUUGGGCGUCGAUUGGUACAUGUCCGAGUUGCUAAGCCGCCUCAUGUCUCGCACUGAUACCCUGGCGUAUCUCAAUCCCCGACCGGGGGCUGCAUGGGUUUUCCCAGACGAACCAUCGAAACAACUGGAAGAGAAAAAAAAAACAGCUGUGCAGAACUACUACUACAAUUAUGUACUCCCUCUGUCUCCAAAUAAGUGUCGCUCGGAAAGCGUGUUUGUGAGCAAAACACGGACGGAGGGAGCACGACGGUGAAGUGCUUGGCCUGAACAUGAAGCUUCUGCUGGAUAGUAAGAUGAUAAAGGUCUUCGCUCGCGGCCUGGUGCCCUCGUCCUGAUAUUGGAUUCUAGUCAAAUUUGGUAGCUGUGUCGCAUAUCUGGAUCCAGCAAACUGAGCACCUCUAAGAUGAGAACGUGUUUUAUGCGUAUGUCUCUGUUUUAUCUGGAUGUAAUACUCCUGCUACCCUUAAAUAUAUGAUAUUUAUGACAAACAAUCUUCAUUAGAUUCGGGCAAGCUUUGA